CCCCAGCCUGGGCUGGCUCUCCCUGGCUGUCCCCUCUGUGGUGGUACCCGAGCCGUGUCUGGCGGUGGCCGAGGUGGAGGCAGAUGAGGAAGGAGGGGAUGGGCCUUGUAGUGCGGUAUUAGGGCCCAGUGUUGGUGGUGGUACUAGAGUGGAUGGUAUGGUAGUGCAGAUAAAGCCAAGCACGGCAGUAUUGGAUGUUUGCGGCGGAGAGAAAGUAAAGAAGCUGUCGUCGUUAGCCGCCGCAGAGGCUCCUGGAAUCGAGGAGGUGGUGCCCAGUAAAGCGGGGGAGCCCGCGGAGGAGGAGAGCGGUAGUGUUACAGAGGAGAUGCGAGAGGAGAAGGAGAAGGGGGCCGCUAAGGCCCUAUUAGAGGAGCAGAAGAGGGAAGCAGAGAAGAAGGUUCAGGACGACAUAGAGGAAGUAGAGACCAAGGCCAUAGGGACCUCGCUGGAUGGACGCUUCCUAAAGUUUGACAUCGAGAUUGGACGCGGAUCCUUCAAGACGGUCUACAAGGGCCUGGAUACGGAGACUACAGUGGAGGUGGCGUGGUGCGAACUGCAGGAUCGUAAGCUGUCUAAGACGGAGCGUCAGAGGUUCAAGGAGGAGGCUGAGAUGUUGAAGGGUCUGCAGCACCAUAACAUUGUACGCUUCUACGACUCCUGGGAGUCUCCCUCCAAAGGAAAGAACUCCAAGUGCAUCGUGCUGGUCACAGAGCUUAUGACAUCAGGCACCCUCAAAACGUAUCUGAAGCGGUUCAAGGUGAUGAAGAUCAAGGUUCUGCGUAGCUGGUGUCGUCAGAUCCUGAAGGGGCUCCACUUCCUCCACACCCGGGCCCCUCCCAUCAUUCACAGGGACCUGAAGUGUGACAACAUCUUCAUCACCGGCCCCACUGGCUCCGGCAAGAUAGGAGACCUGGGAUUGGCUACGCUCAAACGGGCCUCCUUCGCCAAGAGUGUCAUAGGUACCCCAGAGUUCAUGGCCCCUGAGAUGUAUGAGGAGAAGUAUGACGAGUCAGUGGAUGUGUAUGCCUUUGGGAUGUGCAUGCUGGAGAUGGCCACCUCAGAGUACCCCUACUCCGAGUGCCAGAACGCUGCACAGAUCUACCGCCGAGUCACCAGCGGAGUCAAACCGGCCAGCUUUGACAAGGUAGCCAUACCAGAAGUGAAGGAAAUCAUCGAGGGAUGCAUCCGCCAGAACAAAGAUGAGAGAUAUGUCAUUAAGAUCCUGCUGAGCCAUGCGUUCUUCCAGGAGGAGACUGGUGUCCGUGUGGAGCUGGCCGAGGAGGACGAUGGGGAGAUGAUCGCUAUCAAACUGUGGCUGAGGAUAGAAGACGUUAAGAAGCUGAAGGGAAAGUACAAGGACAACGAAGCCAUCGAGUUCUCCUUCGACCUCAAUAAGGACUUCCCCGAAGAUGUGGCACAGGAAAUGGUUGAGUCUGGCUAUGUGUGCGAGGGAGACCACAAGACGAUGGCCAAGGCCAUCAAAGACCGAGUGUCUCUGAUCCAAAAGAAGAGAGAACAGAGGCAGCUGGUCAGAGAGGAGUUGGAGAAGAGGAAUCAGAAGCAGCAGCAGCCCCUACAGGCAGCAGAGGCCCUCAGAUCCCCCCAGCAGAGUCAGUCACCCCCCCAGCCCCCCAUAGCCCAGACUGAGAAGGAGGACCCAGAGAUGGACCAGCAGCAGUACCAACAGGCCAACACCUCCAUGACAUCUGACGGCGCGGUGGACAACGGCCAGGGUUCGUCCCUGUUCUCUGAGUCCCAUCUGGGCCAGCUGACCAUGUCCUAUAGCAACAUCCCUGCCACCCAGCAGCAGCAGGGCCAAACCCAGGCCCCCUACCCCUCCCCUUCCCCCCAGCAGCAACAACAGCAGCAGCAGCUCAAUGCCUACCAACAGCAGAACAUGCCUCUCUCACCACCUCCCCGCCACCGCGGCCGUAGCAUGUCCGUUUGCGUCCCCUACUUUUCCUCCACCCCUCCUGCUCUGUCCUGCCUUCCCAACCGGCCCUCCACCCCUCCUCCGGUGCUCUCCGCCCCCCACUCCCCCUGCCGGGGGUCGGACGACGGCGACACGUUUGCGGGCCGGCUCUCCAAGGCCCUGGAGAGUGUCCUGCCCCUGCAUUCCACCCCGCCUCGCCCACGGCAACAACGCCGAGCCAGCCUCCCGGCGGUGUUUGUCAGCCCUCCGCAGUCUGUGACUCACCAGUACAGCAGUGGAGGAGGAGUCUGGGCCUCAGCAGGCCUUCCGGACCCCACGCCGCCUCUCUUUCUCCCCUCCAUCCUGGAGCGCCCCGUCUCCUUCUCACCGCCGCCUGCCUGCCCUCCCUCCAAGGCCUACAACGCCCAACGCCGCAAGAGCACGUCUAUCUUGGAGGCCCAUACACGCCACUUCCAGCCUGCCUACCCCCGCUACGCCAGCAGUCUGCACCCCUACCACCCAGGGAUGGAGGGGCUGGGCAUGGGUGGAGGAGGAGGAGUGGAUGGGCACCUGGGAGUGGAUCCCUCGUCCCUCUUCAUGGUGCCCGGCUACGGUGCUCCGAGGCUGGGGUCAUUAGGAGAGCCCAUGCACCAGCACCUCCAAGGGCAGUCCCUCCAGGACCCUCUGUACGGGUACAAGGACGUGAGGGCAGAGCAGCAGCAGGAGGAGGUGGUGGAGGCUGUGCGGAGACUGAGUCUGAACCAGGCAGCGUUGCUGGAUCACUUCGAGGCCAUGGCCUAUGGGGGCUACCCCAUGACUGCUCACCAGAUCAACCAGAUCAGCUUCCACCAGCAGAUGCAGGCCGCGGCAGCCGCCAGCCUGGCCGUGUACGACCCUCCACAGCCGGCCUACGCCCAGACCUACCACCCCCACAUGCAGAGUCACAUGCGCCACAGCCCCAUCCCUCAGCUGCCACCCAUGAGCACCUUGAGCCCGCAGGCCUCGGGUACUACCGAUGGGUACCAGCUGCAGCACUCCGCCUCCUUCCAGUCCGCUCCCCCAGUCAUGGAGCCCCCGCAAGGCAGCGUGUUCGAGUUCCACGUCCAAAACAUGGCUACUGCAGCGGCCGCCGCUGGGGCCGACUCUGGCGUGCUGGCCUCUAGACUGUACAGGGCUCGCCGCGGCUCCAUGGACCUCAACCUGGAGGAGCAGGGGGGACCAGGAGGACAGUCAGGGGGUCUGGGAUACAGCCGCCUGCAGCCAGUCACUGAGGAACUCUACAGUUACGUCAGCCCUGAGAUGCCUCUCCCUCCCGGGAGCCUGCUACUGCACCAGGGCCAGAAGGACUGCAGCCCGGAACCUUCCAGUGACUCCAUGGCCUCCUCUGACUGUGGAGAUUUCCACUCUCCUCCGCCCCAGUUCGGGGCCGCCUCGGCCGCCCAGUCCAUCCCACACACCUUCUACGGGGCGGAGGCUGGGGGGAGGGACGCCACUGCAGAGGGCCAUGGAGUGGGCCACCCCCAGCCAGCAGACCUUUCUGUUUGUGCCUCCCUCCGAGACCCCUGGGCGUGCAACAGAUCCCAACCUCCCAGCCCAACACUGGACACCCUCUGGCCCCCCAACUCCCAGCCAGUCCCCGUCGCCCACCAACAGGUAAGGCCCCCUCACUCCUCAGGCCUCUGGCCUCUCUCCCCCCCACCUCCCAGCCCAUGGUCUCUCAGCCCCAGCAGCAGCAGGCAGGCAGCACUGUGGUACAGAGCCCCUCUCAGACCCAGCUACCCCCUGGACCACAGCCCACACAGCCUUGCAGUAUGGCUCCACCUCCCUCCUCAGUGGGGCUUGUCUCUGUGGCACAGAUGGCCUUCAAUCAGCCCCUCGGUCCCGGUUACUGCAGCUGCAGCCCAAGGGGCCCUGGUGUCCCCACAGAGCCCUAUAGCAGCUGCAGCCUUACCUCUGCCUCCUGGGGCUCAUCCUCUACCUGGUUCUGUAUCUGUACCCACUCUGGUGACUCAUCCACCGCCGGCGCCACCGGCCUCCCCUAUGCCGCCCCAAAUGAUGCCUACUCAGCCGCUGGUCGUUGUGGUGCCCGUCAUCAGCGUAGCCAGCACCUCCCCAGAGCCGCCAGGAGAUGCCCAGCCCCAGCCCUCUCAGACUGCUCCUCAGCCUUUGUCAUUGGAACAGUCACAGUUACAACCACCACAAGUGCCCUUGUCCAUGGAGAGCGGUCACUCUGACGUGGCGUCCGGUCUGAGCGAUGGAAAUGAUGGAGGCAGACAAGAGGGGCGCUCCAUCAAGCGACACCAGCGGCGCUCCAUACGGAGUCGCUCUCGCACCGACAAGAUUGGCAAAGCAAAGUUGAAUGUACUAAAUAUAUCCAACAUGGGUGACAGGGUAGCUGAGUGCCAGUUGGAAACGCACAACAGAAAGAUGGUGACUUUUAAGUUUGAUCUGGACGGAGAUAACCCAGAGGAAAUAGCACAGAUUAUGGUCACCAGUCUUUUUAUACUGGAGAGCGAGAGGGAGUCGUUCAUCGAGCAGGUCCGUGAGGUCAUCGAGAUGGCGGACGAGAAGGGUCUGGAGAAAGAUGGAAACACCCAGAUUGUUUCCCAGAUAGUUAGUGACCUCCAGCUGCAACAGAUCCCUGCUACAUCUGACCCGUUGCCAGGUAUCCCUUCCUGUGCAGCCCAGGUGGUCCACUCUGCAGGCAGGAGGUUUAUAGUCAGCCCCGUGCCUGAGUCCAGACUCAAGGACCAGUUCUUUGCUGACUCAGCGGCUACAGGCUCUGCCCUACUGAGACAAGAUUCACAGUCCUUUAAUGGUGAGUUUAGCAUGCGCACCACACACACACACACACACGAAUGCACACACACGCACAGUGACAGCCUACCAAUAAGUUAUCUUAUUAGUCAACAACCGCCCCGUGCUGGAGCUGCAGGUCAGGGUCUGUCCCAGUCGGCCUCAGCGGUCAGCCUGCAGCAGGCCUUUUCAGACAUGAGACAGAAUCAGGCCUCCACCUCCACCUCUCCACCUGCAACCAUCCACCAGGCCACCGCCCCCAUCCCCACCCAGCUCCAGUCUGUUGCUACCCAGCCUCUCCUUUCCCAGGCCCCUCUCACCCUGCCGGUGACCCAACCCGUGGUCUCCUCCGUACCUAGUGUUACAGCCCCAAUCCCUGCCCCAGCCACCUCUGUGUCUCCCCCAGCCCCUGCUGUCCUUCCCACCCUCCCCACCUCAGCCUCCUUCCCCCAGACCUCUGGCCCAGGCUCCAUCCCUGGUGGUCCCACCACCUCCAUACCCACGACAGUCCUUUGUCAUUCCGCCACGGCCCCCCUGGUCAGCAGCUGUAGCAGUGGUAGCGGAGGUGGAGGAAGCUCAGAGCAGCUCCCUGUCCCUUCCACUGCUAUCCCCCAGCUCACCGCUACCGUAGUCCCCACCACAGCUAUCCAAGGCCCCCUGCUAGCCCCCUCCGUUGCUAACCCCAGUGCAGAGCUCCCUUCUUCCUCCUCGCCUGUAGCUUCUCUAGCCCCAGGGGCCACGGUCCCUACCUUACAGCCCGUCACCACCACCAUCCCCGUGGUCCAGCCCACCCUGGUGCACACCCAUCCCCAGCCCGCUACAAUGCCCAACCAGACCCACGCCCAGUGUGGGGAGUGUGAGGCGGCCCUGGGCAUUGAUGACAUCCACACGCUGGAUAAGAAGCUUCGCUCCCUCUUCAUGGACUUGGGUGGCGGUGGAACCACCCAGGCCGAUGGCUCUGUCGACCCAGCCGGAGGCACUGGUGUCCCGGGAACCUCUUCCCCAACCGGCCCCUCAUCCACCCCCAGCUCCACAGGCACCCCCCGGCCCCCCUCCAGCCUCCCCUGGCCUCCUCAGGACCAGGGCAUGUCUCUGGGACCCCCCUCACCACCCCGGGACAGGCUGGGACCCCUUCCACCUACACCCAGACUACCCCCGCCAAAGCACCUCUGUCUAGGUUACCGAUAUCAGUCCCAGCAGCCUCUGGAAGACCUGGAUGCCCAGCUGAGAAGGGCCCUGAGCCCAGAGACUGUCUCUGUCAGCUGUGUCACCACACAGUGCCUUUCUCGCUGGAAGGGGAACCAAUCACGACGCCUAUUGCUGGAGGAUUCCAACUGGGACGAUUCCAGGUCUCUGUGGCUGCAGACCAGGCCCACCACCGUUGGCCGCUUCCAGGUCACCACCAACGCACCGGAUGCCAGGGUGGGCCGCUUCUCAGUGAGCCGAGCCCAGGAUGAGGCAGCCGAGGCUGUGUUCGAGCAGCCACCCGCUUCCCAGGCUAACGGGCCUAGUACUGAUCCUGGCUCGGCCACCAUGCUCUUCAGCCCAGAGGACAAACAGAGCUCCCUGCCCAGCCUCAACAACUCCUACAUGAGCUCUGAUAACGACUCGGAGUUUGAGGACGAGGACUUGAAGAGGGAGGUCAACCGGUUACGGGAAAAGCACAUGAAGGAGAUCCAGGCCCUGCACACCAAGCAGAAGGAUGAGAUUGACUCCCUGUUCGCCAGGCUGGGCAAGGUGCCUCCAGCCGUGGUGGUCCCUCCAGCUGUAGCCCUGGCCGGUCGCAGGAGACGACCCACCAAAAGCAAGAGCAGCAAGUCCAGCCGCUGUAGCUCCUCCCAGGGCAGCAAGAGCCCCCUGCAGCCAGGCAGCACUUUAUCUGCACAGAGCGCCCCCUCAGUGUACCCACCCUACCAGGCUCUCCUCCUGGCCCCUGUGGCCUCCCCCGACCCCAACCUCCACCCUGCCUCAGGGAGCCGACCCCGGCCCCUCAAGCAUCUCGGCCCCUCCAGUGAGAACCUGUGCUCUGCCUACACCAGCGAAGCUACGCUGUCCGUGCCCAGUCUCUGUGCCCCCACCCAAGGGACCAGCAGCACCAACACAGUGAGUGGUCCAGGAGGCCAGGGUCCAGGACCAGGUUCAGGGGGUCAGAACCAGGGCCAGCCUUCUCCCAACCCCCCUCAACAGGGCCGGAAGGGCACGUUCACCGACGACCUGCACAAGCUGGUUGACAACUGGGCCCGCGACGCCAUCAGUCUGUCCCAGGGCAAGAGUCGCUCCAAACACCAACAGCAACCCUCACAGGGACACAGCUACCAGGCGACCCCGUCGACCAAUAAGGGCCGUAAGUUCUCCGCCCCGAGUCAGCUGUGCCCCAGCAACGCCUCUUCCACCCCCGCUACCUCUCUGGGAGGCCGCAAGGGCUCCUUGUGUCCCCCCUCCCCAGUACGGCGGGGUCGGGGCAUGCUACCCCUCCUCUACUGCACCUUACAGCAGCGCCCAGUGGGUGGGAUCCACGGGGUCCACAGGGCCGGGACAGGGUCAGGCCGGUAUGUUAGCCUCCUCUCAGCCCCUGGUUGCCUCCUCCUCGCAGUACCCCUCCUCUGCCACUGGGGGGCAGGGCUCCCUGCAGGGCUUCCACCACAUCAGCACUUUGCAGAAAUCCGGUCAGCAACCCUGGAGGCCCCAACCUGA